CUAGCCUACUACCCUACUAAACAGUAUGGCUGAUUAUGUAGUCCAUUUAAUCGCUGAGCUAGUUUGGCAUACUAUGUAGAAUUGUAGUGGUUUUGUCGUCAGAAUUCCGCCCAGUCUUGCUAUCAGAGCUUCUCUGCCUGUGGAUCACAAGACACUAACGCUGUAGUGCGAAACAUCAAAUUCUUUUUAUUUUCGACUGUGACAGGACAACAAAACCUUGUGCGCAAGUAUGGCAGUUCAUUCAGUGCAGUUAGGUUUUCUUUUCGUCUACCCCAGUUGAUUUCAAUCGUAGUCGCUUUUUUUCGAGUCGAGUUUUUUUUUAUUUUUUAUUUGGUUUGGAGAUGCAGUGUCCAGAUUGUGGGUACGCUUUAAAGGCGUCUUUCCGCUUCUGCCCCGAGUGCGGACACAGACUGAACACACAGCCAUCCAACACUGCAGUUGGAAAACCCCAGGAACAGCUUGUUAAACAAGAACAAGAGGGAAAACGAAACCAACCACAUACAGGCACUGAUGCCAAUUCAUCCUCAGAGCCCAGUACUGGAGUCAGAGAAAAGGGAAUUUCAAAUACAGGUCUCACCUCAUCACUGGCUGCCACAAAUGAAGGUGAAGAUGGUUAUGCCACUGAGAGAGCACCCAAUGAAAUCUCUACUAUCAAAGAACAUGUUCCACAAGAUGGCGCCAGUUUGUCUUGUGAAAACGCAAUUAAAGAAACAGUUAGGCUGUCGAUUGAUACAGCUUCCCAAAACACACAGACAUCACUCCCUGUCCAGGAUAGAAUGUCUCAUCAAACUUCCUCUUCAGAUUUUCCAAGUCCCCAGGAUUUGCCAGGGAGUACAAGAAAUGGAGAGAGUGAUUGCUCUACCCAGCCAUUUCCAGCACCACCUGGUAUAAGGCCCUCUUCAUCUGAAGCAUCCAGCCAGAUUAAUGUAGGGCCAGACUCUAAGUGCAAACUCAUUGACGUUCAUGUUGAGAAGAACAUGAACAAUAUCUCUUCUAAGUCGAAUCCUGUGAACAAUCUAAAGACAGAGUGUACUACAGAUGAUAUUUCACCUCCCAGGUCAGAUAAUAAGUUGCAGCCUGUACACUGUGCUCUGUCAGAAUCUGCAACACAACCAGAGACAGAGGACCAAACCAAGUCACCACCUAGUGUGAAUGAAGAAACAAAAGUGAUGUUGAUCAGUCAGACACAGCCUUCCACAGGUGGAUUAUUGCCUCCUUCAUGUGAUUGUAACACUGAAAAACCCGACACUGGUUCUCCUGGGGAUCUUGCGAAAGCAAAGUCUCAAAACCUGAACCAGCAAUCUUCAGUUCCUCCACAGCCUUCAAACAGCUAUACUACUGAAAGCAAAAAAGAGGAAACACACACAUUGCAAUGUACCACUGGACAGGGUGAAAAACAACAAAAUCCCUCAAACAGAAAAUUGUUUGGGCCAUUUAAUAAUGAGGAAGGGACUGCUGCUAAACCCAAAGCAGACAAUACUGGCAACAAACAGCAAACUAAACAUGAGGAUGUUAAAUCACAAAUAAAAGAAACAUAUGACCUUCAAAAGACAAGGGAUACAGAGACCCCUAAACCAGGCUUUAACACAGGGAAACCGUUGCCUCAGGAGAAAAGUGUUCCUUCAGGCCAAAAUAAUGAAGUGGGUUUUCAAGAAGUGUCAUCAAAGAAGAAAAAGGACAACCAGAAGCAUAGCACUUCACACCAACAAAUGGAUCCCAAAGACAUCAUCAUUUUCUUUCAUGCCAUCUUAUCCAAAGACUUUAACAUAGACCCAUCAGUAGACUUUGUUUCUGUAAGAUUAGGUGGUUUAGCUGGGGACUGGACUCAGGAUAUUUCUAUGGAGGUCACAAGAAACCUAGGAAAUAAUGGUUUUCUUGUGCAUGGAAAACUGGAAAUCAACAGAAAGUGGGUUGGGAAUUUUAUUCCCUAUAAAUAUGUUGUUCACAAGAAAGGAAAAAAACCUGAAUAUGAAUAUAUCUACAAAGACAAUUCAAGGGGCUUUGUUAAUCGCUGUCUGUUAAUCAUGGAAAAACUUCUUACACAACAAGGGGAAUGGCACCAAUAUGAUGACAUAAUAUGUGCAAAGCCUUCACACAUUGUGCUUGGAAUAUUAAAAAACUGGACUGGAACCACUAAGGCUGAUUUAUUGAGAGGAAAACAUAUAGCAGGAUGGAUCAUGUUGGAAACAAUCAUUGAUAUUCUUGGUGAAUGGAGUCAGCUAAAUGUGAGAAACUUCUUUGUCCAGCUCGAGCAGUUCUUCAAAACUUAUUCAAAUCCAUAUGUAUAUGAAGAACAAGCAAAACUAUGGGACUCUUUGCAGUAUGGUGAAAGUCAGGUGAGAGGGCUUCUCACAGAGUUUCUGACCUACAAGAUUUCUUCUGUCCAAGCAAACAGCAGAAAAGAUCAAGAUCAGAAAAGAGCAGUUCUCAUCUUUCUGAUGGUUUAUCUAAAAUACAGUCUACACAUUGAUCAAAAAACAGUUUUUGAUAUUGGCUGGUUGCUUUGCCUUCCUGAACUGACAGAGAAAGAAUUCCAUUCCUACUGGAAUAUGAUUUUACAGCCUCUUCAAGGGGAAUGGGUUGCAGAUACAGUCAGAAAGUUUUGUCACAUUUCACUGAGCAGAAAAAUUACCAACUGGAUUCUUGUUCUUCCUUUUCUGCAUUUUUUGGAAAGAGACAGCAAACCAUUUGAGCCAAAUAUGAACAUUGCUGGACAAGAGUUUGAGGUUUGGGCAGGUCUUAAAAGGUUCAGAAAUCCUUUUGUUACUGACUCACAACACUCAAGGGCGCUUUUGAAGGUUAUGGAGAACCAUAAAUAUCUGCUUGUCAUAGAUCAGUUACUCGUCCGUUCCUGGAUGUGUGUGUUGGGUUUGAAUAAUUUGCCGGAAUAUACCACAUUGUCUUCUGUGAAUAUCCUGGAUGUUUUGGUCAUGCUAAACUACAGAUUGGACAAUAAAGAGUUGCAACAUGACAAAGAGGGCCUGAUGCGGUUGUUUUCAGAUCUCCCUGCUAGAAUAAAAAGCCAAAAGUUCAGGUUUGAAGACAAAAACUUUGGUGAACUUUGCCUGACGAAGUGUUUCACUCUUCUGGCUAAAGUUUGUCAACAUUACAAGCAUGCACAUACUUCUGAAGUUCCUCUGGAGUGCUUGAAACUUUUCAGUCUGAUCAUGGAUCUGAAAGGAUAUCUCACUGAAAAGGAAUCAGCUGAGGCCCAGAGUGGGAAGAGCAAGGAGUUGUUUGAGCAGGCGGAAAAAACUAUAAGAGAAUGGCUCCGAAACGCCUUCUCUAAUCGUUUACUGAACCACUCACACAGCUACUUAAGUUUCAAUUUUGCCUGGGAACUUGAGGUGUGGAAUAAGCUGAUUUCACUGCCUUUUGCUAACAAGGAGUUUUGCUCAGAAUGGAGUAAAACAUUCUUAAAUCAGUUUGAAGGAAAAUUGAAACAGGAAAGGCCAAUUCAUCAGAUUGAAAUCUACUUCAACCAAGUAGAGGACUUGAACUCCAAGGUUCCAUUAUUAAUUCCCUCUUUUGAAAACUGUGCAUUAGAAGCUGUCACACCUGUGUGUCAGAGUGGAUCUGAGAAGCAUUUGCUGGAGAAUCUCAAAAACCGCGACUUAAGUAAGUUUGGAAAACUGGUAUCUGAAAUUGUACUAAAAUCUUGGCCAAAGACUGAGGAUGGAAAGUAUCAAGAUGGAGAGGAGCUGGUAAUACAACAUCUUCUGACGUGGCCUACAGCAAGUAAAAUCUUUCAACUACAAGGUGCAAAUGGGAAACUCACUGAUCAACUCUCAGACAAAGCCAAAGAGUUAAUGGCCAUAGCAGGCUCUGCAUUCAUCUGUGUCACACAACGAUUUAUCCAAGGAGAUAUUACAAUAAAGGUCUUGAAUCAGAUCCUGGAGAGAGAUGGUGCAUUCAUUGAGCUUCUACAGAUUGAUGCUUUGUGUGAUGACGGUCGGUGCAAAGACAAAAGAGCUGUGAAAAAUCUGCUUAGAAAAAGGCAAGAAGAAGUUGAGAACAUCUACCAGGAAAAAGAGUUCAUUGCAUGCUUACUGCAUGUGUGCUCCAAACUCCAAAACCAUAUCAAAGUUGAUAUUGCGGAGCUUGAAAAGAAACACAUAGUGAAUGUGGAGCAAAUGUGCUUGGAUGAAUUCAUGGAAGUUCAUCAGCUUGAUGAGAAUUCUUCAGAAGUGACUGGAAUGGUCACAUAUUUCAACCUGUGCGAGCUUACUAGAAAGAUGGCAAAACGCCUGCAUGAUUUGAAAGACAGCUACAUCUUUUCCAUGUGCUGGGAGAACCAAGCCAAAGCACUCUCACAGACAGAGCAAGAUGAGGAUGAUGGUGAUGACACAGAGCCAAUUAGAGAUAUGGUCCCAUGCACUCUGGAGGAUAUCUAUGCAAAAAUAUUUCAGCCUUGCGACACUCAGUACCAAAAUAUAUACACUAGCUUGAUGAAUGGUUCUAUAACUUUCAAGAUGGUCGAUAGCAUCUUUGAGGUCUAUAAGGGCAAAUACAAUGGUCUUCGAAAAGAUCUGGAAAUCAUGUGCAAAAUAAAUCCUAGAGAUAAUAAGCGGUGGAUUAAGGAAAGAAUCCAUCAAAUCCAACAAUACCAUGAACUCCACUUAGCAGCAGAAUCAGCUCAAGUAAUCAUGGAUGUCAAGGAAACCCUAUGCCCAGAAGGAGACUUCAAAAUACUAAACAAACUGCUUGAUGUUAGUAAAGCUGACUUUAGGGAGACAAUCUUAAAUCAGAUUGAUGACAACUUAAUAAAUGCCAAAAAAGUAUUGGCAGAUAUAACAGACAGUCGCAGACUGUGUCUUCAGGAGCUCUACCGUAGCAGAAACUUUGCUAUGUGGGUCAAAGAGGCCUUGCCAGAUAUCAGUCAGCUUAUAGUGUUUGUUGAUCUUGCAACAAUCUCUGCUGGAGAGAAUGCCAUGGAUGUCGAUCGCGUGGCCUGUUUUCAUGAUGUCGUGCAAGGAUAUUCUUCCAUUCUUUAUGGGCUAAAUGUUGAUUCUGAUUUUGAUGCUUUUAAGAAAGCCCUAGAAAAACUGUGGAAAGCCCUGGAAAGUGACAGCAACAUUGCAAAAAAGCUGAGAGAUACUGCUCGACACUUGGAUUGGCUAAAGUCAGUGAAGGAGAGUCAUGGCUCGGUGGAAUUGUCCUCCCUUUCUUUUGCCACAGCCAUAAAUGAAAGAGGAGUGUAUUCCAUCACUGCACAAAACCAGAAAAAGAUCAACAUGGAAACUGCUCUAAAACUUUAUGUUCCUGAGGGACAUGGAAAAGAACAGGAGAUACGCUGUUAUUCUUUAGAAGAUGUUAGAGAUCUACAAAACAAACUCAUGCUUAUGUCUGGGAAGGCGGAGCACAACAAUGAGGUUGAAUAUUUCACUGAGGUUUUUGACCAUGUUCAGAGACUAGCUGGGAUAUUUCUUGAGCUUCUUUCUGCUGGAAACCCCUUAUUCAGGCACUGGGAAGCAAAAAUCAACUGCUUGGAUCAUCUCACCAAUCAAAAUAUUAGUAUAGCCUUUAAUUUGAGUAGCAUUCCUGAAAAAAUAGCAAUAGAUGGUAAUGUUGUUGAACAACUACCCAAACUUUGCAAAAAAAUGGAAAGGUACCUAAGUGACUGGAGGAAGUUUAUGGAAAAACAGAGGUCUGAGAACUACUUCCUCAAUUAUUACACCGCUGAGCAAAUUGUCUAUCUUUGUGAACAGCUGUCUUUGAAACAUUUAAAUGAAGACUUAGAUGAGUGUGCAUUGAUGAUGCUGUCUUUUAUCAACCCCAAGUGUUCUACAUCUACUGUGUGGAAAACAUGGAACCUUGUAUUUCAAGAUUCACAAUCUGAGGAGGAUUUAAAUAUAAGUGUGCAAGAUGUCUCUGACAAAGAUUUUGGAUUAGGUAAAUUAGAUUUCAUUUGGGAUAAGUAUAUCACAGAUAUGAAGACCUUCCUGCCAGAUACACUGGAUAUCUCAGGGUUAGGGAAACUUCUUGAGAGGCUGAACAAUAAGUGGAAUUUUGAGGAUGAUGAGGAAGAGGAUGACCAAGAAGAUUUCAUGUCUUUACACCCAGAUGAAGAACAGAAUAUGAUUAGGCGAGAGUUGCCAAAAGGGCUGAUGUUGGGUCGUCCCAAUCUCAUAGUUUGCCCUAAAGAAGAAAUCCUGACAACUUGUAUCAGUGUUUACUCUGCCAGCGAAUAUGCCCCACUGCCAUCAUACGAUGAAGUCCUACUGUGCAGUUCAACCACUCCGUGCGAGCAUGUGGAACUUUUUCUAAGACGUUGCCUUGAUGCUGGAAAUAUCAGCAAGAAGAUCUACACCCUGUUAUAUGCUGAUCUCUUGAGUUAUGAAGUCAGUUAUGCUGUGGAGCAGUUGUUUCACAAACUUCAUUCUGGAUCAAGAAAGGAUUACAAACUUGUGAUUAUUUGUAGUUUGGAGCAAGAACAUGCUUACAUCCCUUCAGCAUUUAGUCAUUACAAGCUGCACAUAGUGCCAAGAGAAUCCUUAGAGAGACUACAAAUGUAUCUUUGCAGACACUAUACAGUGCCAGCAGAACAGUCUAGCGCAGCUACUGUAUUCAAAGACAGACAAUGUGUUGGAAUUGUGUCAUCAAAACGAGCAGGAGUUGGAAAAUCCUUGUAUGUUCAGAGGCUUUAUGAAAGGCUUGAGGCAUACGAAAGACCUGGAACUUCAAAUCUUAAGUGCAUUCGCUUAACUGAGCCUGUAGUUAAUGAAAGUGUUAUCCUUCAUUCACUGCUUAACACACAAAACCAGAAUGGACUUGUGAUCUUUCAUAUUGAUGUUACAACAGCGGUGCAAAAAGGAUUGCAUGAGUUUUUAUUUAAACUCUUAGUACUUGGCUAUCUAAUGGAUACUGAAGGACGUAUGUGGAAACGUAGCAGCCAGCACUUGUAUGUCAUUGAGAUGUUAGAACACACCACAGAAUUUCGAAGAUCUGUUUCAAGAACAGAAUCAAAGACAGCAUUCACUGAAGUUUUCCCUAAAGUGCAAUGCAGACCACCUAAAGAAGUUUUGGAACUGGAAAUGAGAGUAACAGAUGAUCCUAGCUUUGAGUUUGAAGAUCCACUUAUGGAUGACGAGCAUUUCAGAAGUGAGGCUUAUCAGAGGCCUUAUCAGUAUUUGAAGCGCUUUCAUGAAGGGAUUGACCUUGACAACUUCACCUUCAGUGGAGUUGAAGGUUCCCAUACAGAAUGCCUUCAGAUGUUGUUUUUUUACUGUGGAAUUGUUGAUCCAUCAUGGGCAGAGUUGAGGAACUUUGCAUGGUUCCUUAACCUUCAGUUACAAGAUUGUGAGACAUCUAUUUUCUGCAACAUGGACAUAGUUGGAGACACUCUGAGAGGUUUCAGAAAAUUUGUGGUUGACUUCAUGAUUUUAAUGGCCAAAGACUUUGCGACACCAUCAUUAAACAUUUCGGAUCAAAGUCUCGGAAGACAGCAAGUAGACCUAACUGAUGCUAACGAGGAAGAUCUGGCUCCAUUUCGCAUCAGGAAGAGAUGGGAGACAGAGCCCCAUCCAUACAUCUUUUUCAAUGAUGACCAUGAAACCAUGACCUUCAUAGGAUUCCACCUCAGGUUAAAUAAUGAGAAUGGUGUUGAUGCCUUUGAUCCAGUGACUAACAGAGUCAUAAGAAAGAAUAUUAUGACAAAGAUGCUCUAUACUGGUCUCCAGCAUAACAAGGUCCCUUUUAACAUUAAUUUUGAUGACUUGCCGAGAAGUGACAAAAUUGAGAAUUUGUGCAGUGUUCUUGGUGUUAAAUGGGCAUUAGAUCCUGAUGAGACCUACCAGCUCACUAUGGACAAUAUUUUAAAGAUGAUGGCAAUUCACAUGAGGUUUAGAUGUGGCAUUCCUGUCAUUAUCAUGGGGGAAACUGGUUGUGGAAAGACAAGACUUAUCAAAUUCAUGUGUGAGCUUCAAAGAAGUGGAAUCCCAGCAGACAAUAUGAAAUUGGUAAAGGUUCAUGGUGGAACAACUCCUGAUAACAUUUACACAAAAGUACAAGAAGCUGAGACCAUUGCAUCCUUGAAUAAAGAGAAACAUGACCUUGAUUCAGUAAUUUUCUUUGAUGAAGCCAAUACUACUGACGCAAUCAGCUGUCUGAAAGAAGUGCUUUGUGACAAUUCUGUACAAGGGCAAAAACUUAAACCCCAAAUUGGUCUACAGGUAAUCGCAGCUUGCAAUCCUUACAGAAAACACUCAGAUGAGAUGAUUGAAAGGUUGGAAGGAGCAGGUUUGGGAUACAUUGUGAAAGCUAAUCAGACACAAGAUAAACUGGGCUCUAUUCCUCUCCGUCAGCUGGUGUAUAGAGUUCAUGCAUUGCCCCCAAGUAUGGUUCCAUUAGUGUGGGACUUUGGGCAGCUUGAUGACAACACAGAAAAGAUGUACAUUCAUCAAAUUGUUAAGAGUGUAGUUGAAAACAAUUCAGUUAAUAAAGACUACAUCAAGCUGAUGACUGAUGUCCUGUCUGCAUCGCAGUGCUACAUGCGGAAGAGCAAAGAUGAAUGUAGCUUUGUCAGUUUAAGAGAUGUUGAACGUUGCAUGCGAGUAUUUGCAUGGUUCUACACCAAUUCCAAAAUGUUUUUUGAAGAGUUGGGAGAGUUUUUGAAGAAGAAACAAAAACACUCAAAGCGUGGUAUUGGUGAAACAAUCUCUUUAGAUGACAAAGAUCCUGUUGAAUGGGCUCUGUUGAUGGCAGUGGCAGUGUGCUAUCAUGCAUGCUUGGAGCGGAAAAAGGAAUUUUGGACAAAACUCUGCAAAUUUUUUCCAAGCUACAACAAAUCCCAGAAAGUAAAGCAAGAAAUCUCUCAAAUACAAGACCUUCUUCUUCAUGAUGUACCCCUAGGUGGUACAAUUGCUAAAAAUAAGGCAUUGAAAGAAAAUGUGUUCAUGAUGGUGGUGUCCAUUGAACUGCGAAUUCCACUGUUCUUAGUUGGUAAGCCUGGGAGCUCAAAGUCUCUGGCAAAGACCUUAGUAGCAGAUGCAAUGCAAGGCCAAGCUGCACACUCUGAACUGUACAGGAAAUUAAAACAGAUUCACCUAACAUCCUACCAAUGCAGUCCACACUCAACUGCAGAGGGAAUCAUUAACACAUUUAAACAGUGUGCUCGUUUUCAAGAGGGGAAAAAUCUAAAAGAGUAUGUCUCUGUUGUUGUGCUAGAUGAGAUAGGCCUAGCUGAAGACUCCCCAAAAAUGCCUCUCAAAACCCUUCAUCCCUUAUUGGAAGAAGGUUGCAUUGAUGAUGACCCACUACCCCAUAAAAAGGUUGGGUUUAUUGGCAUCUCCAACUGGGCUUUGGAUCCAGCUAAAAUGAAUAGGGGAAUCUUUGUCUCCCGAGGGGACCCAGAUGAGAAUGAACUCAUUGAAACAGCCACUGGAAUUUGUUCUUUGCAACCAGUCAUUCUGGAAAACAUCAAGCAUCUUUUCCAGCCUUUGGCAGUUGCCUACCUAAAAAUCUGCAGCACACAAGACAAAGGAUUUUUUGGAUUACGUGAUUACUACAGCUUAAUCAAGAUGCUAUAUGGUGUUUCCAAAGAUUCUAAUCCUUCUGCAGAGCAAAUUGUUCAUGCGGUCUUGAGAAAUUUCAGUGGCUUAGAUAACGUGGAUGCUUUGAAAAUCUUUGCCAAAAAGCUUCACAUAAAACCUUGCAUGGACAAUCUCAGUACUAUCAAUUUGGUAAGGCAAAACAUCACUGGCAAAGCUCAGAAUGAGGACUGUCGCUACCUUCUUAUACUAACCAAGAACUUUGCAGGCCUUCAAAUUCUUCAGCAAAAUAUCUUCAUGGAUAACAAUCUUCCAGAGAUCAUCUUUGGUUCAAGCUUUCCUAAAGAUCAGGAGUACACACAAGUCUGUAAGAAUAUCAACCGUGUGAAGAUCUGCAUGGAAACUGGCCAGACUGUUGUGCUUUUGAACCUUCAAAAUCUUUACGAAAGUCUCUAUGAUGCAUUAAACCAGUACUAUGUUUUCCUGGGUGGUCAGAAAUAUGUUGAUCUUGGUCUUGGGACACACCGUGUAAAGUGCAGAGUGCACGAAAACUUCCGACUUAUUGUCAUUGAGGAGAAAGACGUGGUCUACAAACAAUUCCCCAUUCCAUUAAUUAACAGACUCGAAAAACACUACCUUGACCUCAACAGUGUCCUAAUGAAUAGUAAGAAAGAAACUGUCACUCAACUACAGAGCUGGGUCGAACGAUUUGUGGCUUCAAAAAGUCAGCAUUCCAGUUCACACAAAUACUUGCCUCAAGAUGUUUUCAUUGGUUACCAUUCGGAUACUUGUUCCUCUGUGAUACUACAAGUAGUGGAGAAACUGAGAGAUGAAACUGAGGAUGCGGACGUCCAAAACCUACUGUUAAAUGAAGCCAAGCAUGUGUUACUGAACUGUGCCACCCCAGAUUCUGUGGUACGGUUGGAGUAUACCGAUUUGCCAGAUGCAGAGACAGAGCAACUGUUCAGUACAUACUUUAAGGAACAGAAACACCACUCUCUUGCAGAAUUCAUUGCCUUUCAUAUCCCAAAGGGACAUUGGAGCCAAUACAUUUUUACAGAGGUUACAACUUUUUCAAGGUUGUUGACUGCUGCAGAUAUUAAGCAGCUUAAGCAGAAAACAGGGAUUAACAACAUUGAUCUCCUGUCACUGCGACAGUUUGAGACAGAAUUUUCCUUCCUCAAAAAAAUAAGGCAGUUCCUAGACACACAGUGUACAGAUAAGAUUCUUCUAGUUCAAAUGGAUUUUGGGGAUGAUUCAGCAAGUGCAAAUCUUCUUGCAUCUGCCAGGUACUCAUCCAUGAAUGAAAUCAUCCGAUCUAAACAAGUAGAUGAAUGCAGGGUGUUUGUGUAUUUCAUCAUCAAACUACCAAGAAUGGAGGGUGGAACCUUCUACACUGGAUUUCAUGGAGGGCAUUGGAUGUCAGUUCACAUUGAUGACCUCAGAAGUUCUCAAGAGAUUGUAUCAGAUGUCCGGAAUCUGAGAAAUGUAUCUAUUUGUGAGCUCUUUGAGGAAACUACAAACGAAACUUCUGAAGAACAUUCUGAUGAUUCAACAUUGGAGAAAGUGUUUGAUACAACAGCACUGCUGCGCAGUUGUAUCCAGAGUUCUGUGGGCAUGCUAAGGGAUGUUGAAGAUGGAGGAACUCUUAGCACAAGAAGGGUGGACAUUUUGCUUAUACUCUUAGACAACAGCGACCAACUGAAUGUUAUGUUCAUGGAGAUAUUGAAAACGCGUCUUCAUCUCUUGUUGAAAAUUCGUGAGGAGAAUGCUGAUAUGCCGAAAAACUGGGUGUCCAGGGAAGCAUUAAAUAUUGAUGCUCUACAAGAGGGAGGAACCUUUAAACACACCCUGUGGCGCAGAGUACAGGCAGUGAUCAUUCCUUUCCUGGCACAGCUGAUUUCUGUCAUCGACCGUAACUGCAAUCUGGACCUUCUGCUUGACACAAACAGCGAGGAUGAAGUAAAAAAUCUAUGGCUUCUCAUUUUUGACAACAAAGCAGUGCUGGAUAUACCAUACAUCCAAACUAGGCAAAUCUCUGAGCCACAGACCAUCCAGAUCCAAAGCCAUAUGUCCGGAGGAAGAACUAUGUCCUGCACUAUGCCCUUUAGCUGGAGGAUUAAAGAUCUGUUAGAUGACCUCUGGGAGCACACCUUACAGAAAGAGGAUCAAUCCCACAAGCAGUUUGAGGAGGUCUUCAAGCGAACUGUUCUAGGCGAAUAUUUUGAAAGUGUGGACAAAAAAAUGCAGAAAGAAUUUUUCCAAAGAUAUCUUCAAGAUUUUGUUGCUUUAACGAUGAAAGUGUCAUCUGUUGGUGAACAACAAUUGCUGUGUGCAGCCAUGACAAGCUGUGUGCAUGAGCUGUGCAGGAGGCGAGGCAGCUCAGUGGAAAAUGAACUCUCCUUGCCACUGGUCCACUCCGCUUAUCACGAGUUCCAGAAACGACUGCAGAAUUUCUCCAGGAUGAUAUCCAUCCUGCCUCAAGUGGUCCUGUCUUUACAAGGAAAUCCGCAUGUGAUGCAAACAACUGAAAUGGUUUUAGAUGUGUUUGGUGCUCUUGCGUGUUUGGAGCACAUUGAGUUCCAGGAAUUGACCCAGGACCUCCAGAAACACUGGCUGAAGCAGGUGAUGAAACUUCAAGUCCCUAUUGAAGUGGUGUGUUCAGAACAGAGCCUUAAGCAGUACGGCGAGAGGAGUCGUGAAAUGGUGAAGCUUAUCCAAAAUCGAUGGAGACGUAUCUUCACCCUGGCUCUGUUUGUGGAGCAUGUACUGUUGGAUAUUGAGGCUGAAGACGAUAGGCUAAAAUCGCUGGUUAUGGAGGGCGCUCGAAACCUAGGGAAGGUGCUUGAGAAAAGUUCAGACAUGAAAUUGGAGAAAACCUUUGUGGGUGUGAUUGACAUACUCAGAUCCUGUAAGGAAGCAGCGACUGAUCUCAUAUUCAGGUUUGGCCACCAGACGUGCCCCAUAUGUAGGGUAGAACCUCAAGACCCUGUGGAACUGCCAUGCAAUCAUAUCUUCUGCCAGCCUUGCAUCAGACGGUGGCUUAUUCCAGGCCAGAUGUUCUGUGCUCUGUGUACACAACCUGUGCCAGACGACUUUGAGCAGAAGGUCUCUGAGGAUGUUCGAGCUGGUCUCAAAUUAAACGCCCAGUUCAGACAGCGGUGCAAUGCCUUUUUUAUAGAGGUAGUGUCCACAGUUUGUUUUAAGGAUAAUUCUCCUCCAUCCAGAGGUGUCAUUCUGCACCUAUUGUCCUUCCUCAUGGUUGAGGCAAAGCCAGAUUCCUUAUCUCAAGCACACAGUCAUAUCCAUACCAAAGCUCUCUCACCAUUCAAUGAUUGCGUGGACAGAAAUCCUGUUAUAAGAUCUAUGGUGCUUAAACUCCUCCUCAAAUACAGUUUUGAUGAAGUAAAAGAAUACCUCGAACAGCACCUGGCGAAUAUUCUGCAGAGCAAAAUUCUGGAUGGCUCUGAUAAAACCGAACUGUAUGCUUUGUACAUCAAUUGCUUUGAGGAUUCUAUAUUUGAGAAAAAGCAGUUGUGCUGCAUGAAUAAGCAGAGGGCAUACCUGCAAGAGGGAAGAGAUGUCCUGCAGUAUGUUUUGCACACAAGUGGAAUGGCCACAGAAGAGAUCUCCAUAGAGAGCCUGAAGCAGAUUGCAAGACUGCGUAUAUGCUUGGACAUGGGUGCUCAGCUACUCACCAUGUUACCAGGGAGCAUGGAGAAACAUCAGGAGGAGUUCUUGGACAUAGUGAUAGAGCUUUGUAAAAAGAGUAGGAAUGACUGGUACAGAGUGUAUCUGAUCAGAAAGAUUUGCAGCCUGAAGGGAAUUGAAGCUGCUCGGGGAAUGGAAAAGGAAACUAAGUUCCAGUGGCUUUUCCCACAAGAACUUAUACAACAGGAAGAGCAUACGGGCCAUGUGGACCAGUACCUUAUUUAUAGUAAAGAAUAUAAAUCUGUACGUGAGGCAGUUGCGAAGGCUGUAAUUGAGAGUAGCACACAGAGCAUAGAUGAAGCGGUCAAGACAUGUACUUGUACUCCAAAAAGAAAGGCCUUCUAUAUCCUUCUGGCCCUUUUCCAAGAAGUUACCAGUCUAUUUCAAGCAGCCAACCCAGUCGCCCAUCCCAAACCAGAGCAGCGCCAGGCUCUUGAGGAUUACAUCCAUGGCUUGCAAUAUUUCACGCCAGAGAUGAAGGUGUUUGCUGAAACUCUGAUAAACAACAGACUGGGCGAGCUAAGUGUUGACAGGCAUCAGUCAAACACAAAACUCACCCUCACAGAACUGUGCAUCCAUCUGAAGGCUGUGCUAUUGUGUGGGACUGAGGGAGUGAUGGCUCCCCUUAGACAACUGUCUUUUUCCCCCGAUACAAUGCGGAUGGCGUUUAUACCCACAAUGCCUGAAGACAUGCUGGCAACAGCACAAAAGGUUCUAGGUUUCACCUGGUAUACCUGUCCCAAUGGCCACCCAUGUGUUGUUGACAAGUGUGGCAGACCCACUCGGCUGGGGAGAUGUUUGGAGUGUGGAGAAACUGUGGGAGGAAUCAGUCAUCAACCCGUGCAAGGUUUCAAUAAAAUGCGUAAAGAAGGGGAUCGGACACAGACAGGCCACAUUCUGGGAGAUCCACAGAGAAGAGAUAACCCAAAUGCUCUUGAUACAAAAAGUUUGUCUCUGACUCCCUUUACAUUGGUCAGAAUGAUGACCCAUCUGGCCAUGCUGCUUGGAGCAUCAGAACAGCCUCAGUAUAUCGCACAGAUCAUCCGACCUCAAGUACAGGAUCCCUAUGAGUUUUUGAUGAGGCAUCUGAUGAAGGAUUUGGAACAUCUAGGCAGAGCUCUGGGGAAAGGAGUUGAUGACACAGUCACUUCUGUACACUUGAUGCUCAGCUGGGCCCUGGAGCCUCCUCAGAAUGUUCAAUGGCCUGCUGGCUAUGAUAACCUCCUCUCAACCAAGGAAGCCAGGAAUGCCUGGGAGAUAACGUUGGCUCAUAAUGUCAUUAAUCCCAAAUUGAAGAAGCUGGAACGUAAGCUUAAAAAGGUGAAUGAAACCAUGAGGGAAGAUGCCCGUGUGUCGUCUGAUCCCAUCCUGAAGCUGAUGUACAGAGACCCACGGACGUUCCUGCCCUCCCUGCCCCAGCAGUCUGUACUUCACAGCUCUUCUGUAUGGAGCUGCAGGGAAAAAGGGUCUCUGCUUAGCCUCACACACAUUGUUGAGCAGAAUGAUGGCAAAGAUCACUUUCCUCUACUCUGGAGGUUUCUACAGAAGGAGCCUGAAUUCCGGCUGGUCAGCUUCCUUCCAGACAUAUUGGCUUUGCAGAGGAACCUAGUUAAAAAGUUUCAGAAUGUGCCUGAGUUGAUCUGUGGAACAAUCGAGGAUUUUAUUGAGAAACAGCCAUCUGCAUCUGCCCGGAGCUGGUACAAGAAGCGCAUUCAUAUUUUCCUGACUUCAUGGAAUCAGCUGCGGACCUCCUUGGCCAACUAUGAGGUGAAUGUACCUGGAGAUUAUUGCAAUGCGGAUCUUGAUGAGAGUAGCGAGUUGCAAGUGCUGAUUCCUCGGAGGCAGGGAGCUGGGCUGUGUGCUACUGCACUGCUCAGCUACUUGGUCUCUCUGCAUAACCAGCUGGUCAGUGCAGCCAGCCAACACACAGGGGAAAAUAACAGCUACAUGGUAAGCCUUGCAGAACUAAGUGACCUGCAUGUGAUCCGGUAUGAGGUGGACAGAGACUUGCUCCCCCUGGUGCUGUCUAACUGCCAAUACAGCAUGGAGCGUGGACAGGAGACACUGUCUGAAUACGACCUACACAAGAUCCAGCAACAAGUCUUCACCCGCUUCUUACAAGGCAAACCCCAGAUCACGCUGACUGGAAUUCCUACUCUGGUCAGCAGACAAGAACGCAAUUAUGAGCAUAUAUUAAAAGAGAUAAGAGAAAAAGUGUCUCAGGAACCCCUGACCUCUUUGAGUUCCUCUGGACUGAUAUCUGAGCUACAGUCUCUCAGUGAUGUCUGUGAGACUCUUUCAGCCGUGGAGGUUGCUCUGGGCUUCCUGGCUAUGACUGGAGGAGUUGAGCACAUGCCUCUGGAGGAGUACCUGGAAACAAGACUACACAUGGGGAACCAGACUGCUCCUCAUAUCCUUAAGACUCUGGGUAGAUGUAGUCUGAAGCACUGUGUGGCUGUAUGGCAGCUCCUUACUUCACUCAAGUCUGAACAUAUGCUUCGCCUAAAGAGGGAUCCAUUCUUAGGAAUUCCAGCAGAGUAUCAGCACGCACUAAGGGAAAAUGAGGAAAAGCUACUGAUCAAUUUUGUGACUAAGAGCUCUGUGGAUGUCUGGCUUCUUGAAAUGCAUGAAUUUAUGUUGCUGAACCUGAAAAGCCAGAGAGCAACUAACACCUACAAACCUUCCUGGAGCGUCAAAGAAACCCUGGCCUCCUAUAUGGAGCGCAAAAAUCUUGAUGUUCCCCUAGAUGUGGAGGAAGCCUUCCCAGAUGAGAUCGAAUUGAACCACAUGGUGGAGACCUGGAAGUUCAUUGUGACCUACAAGCAACAAAGAUAAAGAUAUCUGUACAUUAAUGCCGUUCCAUUCAAGCAUGAAUAUUAGGAUAAUCUUUCACAUUUUACAUUCAGAGAACAAAGUUAUUCUUUCUUUCUUUCUUUCUCUCUUUCUUUCUGUUAUUUUGUUGUGUAAUGGAAAUCUUAUGGAAAUGGGAGGUUUUUCAUAUUUUAUUUAUUUUCCCUGAGAUGUGUUUAUGUGUUAUGUCCUGAGAUUUAAAUAACAUUUAAUCAAAUUUACAGUUAUUAGAAUUAUAGAUACUUGUAGAAAACCUAAGUAAUGAAUACAUGGUAACCUUCUUUUUCUGGAUGUGUUUAUACCACUGGAUGGAGCUGUUGGCUGUUUUACUUUUCCCAAGCCCAACUCUGAAGUGUGCCUUUCCAAAUGUUCAGAUCCACUUACUAUUUGUUCACUUAGUGUCAUAUAACCACAUUUUCUCAUAUAUGUAACUCCUGUUAAUCUGAAGAUUUUAGCACGAUCAGAUGAAUUAUGUUUUAUUUGUAUUGCAUUCAUAUACAUGCUACAUGCAUUGAUACAUGCAUUAAUAUACAUGCUAUGCAUAAUUAAAUCUUAACUUUUUCAUGA